AUGGCCUACGGCAUCUUUGGCGUCCUCCAGGUCUUCCAACGCCUCUGGUGCGGCUGGCGGAAAGCCCGCCGCAUGCAACGCAUGCUCAAGGAUGUGCCAGCGACCCAGGGCGUUGGGCAUGACCAGCCGGUAGGAUGGCUCAAUGACUUGAUGGCAAACCUUCAUCGCUUGCACGACUGGCGGCUGGACAUUUGCAAGGGCCUGCCGCUCGCGAAAAGCCUCGGCUUUUCAUGGAUGCCCGCGCCAUAUCUUGUGGUAGCCAACGAUCCGCAGAUCGUGAAGCACAUUUUGAAGGAUGAGUUCAACAAGUACAGCAAGGCCGACACCACUUUGGACCCCUUCUUCUACUACUUUGAGGAUUUUCUGGGUGAGGGCAUUUUUGUGGUGAAGCACGGUCUGGGCUCCAAGGAUGGUGGCCAAGAGUGGAGCCGGAUGCGCAAGGUCUCCGCGCAGAUCUUUACACGAAAGAACUUCAACAGCAUGAUGCAGGAGGUCUUUAUGUCCAAGGCAGAGUCGCUUCGACGCUCGGCGGCCCCAGGGCGAUUUCUGCAAAAUGCGGGGCGUGGAACGCCGGUUGACAUCCAAGGGUGUUUCUUCAACUUCACCUUUGACAGCAUCAUGAGCAUUUUCUUCGGGGAGGAGUGCAACACCGCGGAAGGUGUGCCGAACGUGUAUGGCAAGGCCUUUGAUAUGGCCAGUGUGUGCCUUCGAGCCCAUAGCGUGAAGUCCAUGGCGCCCUUCCUCUUCUUCAGCACCUUUCUCCCUUGGCCCCUAGGGGGCCACCACGGCGGCUGGGCCCGCUGGUUCUGGGACUGGUCUUCUCCCACCUACCGCCGGCUCAAGCGUUGCAUCCGAACCUUGGAAUCGGAAGCGGAUCGCUUGGUGCGAAAAUGCCAGGAAGACCCCACGCUGGGCGAGAGGAGAGAUUUGUUGGCGCUGUUCCUGCAGGGGAACUUCAGCCCGGAGUUUACCAAGAAGAUGGUGCUUCAUUUGAUCAUCGCGGGAAGAGAUACCACAGCGUGUUUGUUGUCCUGGAUGUUCUAUGAGCUCACUCGGCAUCCAGAGGUGCAAAGACAGCUUCAUGAAGAGAUUAUGCUGAAGCAGCCGCCUGGAACCCCCUUGGACUGGAAAAGCCUCUCGGCCAGCGAAAUGCCGUAUUUGAAUGGUGUAAUCUAUGAGUCUUUGAGGCUUUGGCCACCAGUGCCCUUCGACCUGAAGAUGGCUUUUGAGGAUGACGUGCUGCCAGGUGGCUGGCUGGUGCCCCAGUUCGCUAACGUCGCCUUCUGCCCCUUCAACAUGGGCCGCGACGAGGAGCGCUACCCGGAGGCCUUGGCCUUCCGACCGGAGCGGUGGAUUCCGUUUACGCCACCUCCGCAGCAUGAGUUUCCAGUCUUCCAGGCAGGACCCAGAGUGUGCUUGGGCCAAGAUAUGGCGCUCUUCGAGGCAAAGACUUGUGCAGUGGAGCUGCUGCGCUUUUGCUCCUUUGAGAUGGUGCCCAACCAGGAGGUCACAUAUGGAGAGAAGAUCACCAUGGAUAUCAAAAGCAACGGCAAAGAGGAGUUCUGGGUCACUGUGGUGCCCUGGGCGGGAGGCGAACUAGCAGCCAGCAGUAUUCACCAGAUCCAGUGCUGGUGCAUUGGCUUGAGGACCGCUGUUUUCCGGGUGCAUGUUGCGUGGGCCUUUGAGGAGCAGAGAGCUCUGUCAUCGACGCGCGGGCGUGCGCGCUCGAACCCCCCAGACUUGAAGCUCUUUCAGCUCUACUGCCAACACGAUCCUCACUUCAAGGACUCGUUCCGUCAGACCCUGACCUCUGAGGCAGUGGGCGGGGAUGGGGAGAGACAGUUCUACCCGUCCUGCACCUUCACCAGACCCUGCCGGCCGCUGCUGGGGCCUUCUUUCCCCUGGGUGGCGGCACGGCGCCGUGCCGGGUGGCGGCGCACUGGCGCUGUCCAGGAGUACAUCCGGGAAGUGUCGGCCUUCGACGCCUGUCUGCAGGACGACUUGGGGGAGGAACUCACCAACUCACCCCCACUCACUCUGGCCUCCACCAUCGACGUGGCGCCCGAACUGGCAGGCUGCUGGCCUGAGGGAGCGGCAGGGGAGGCGCUUUGGGGAGCCGAGGGACCACGCCGGAAUUCCGGCGGCGCUGCGGGACCGGCCACCGGUGGAUUCGGCUCGAGCGGUGAAGUGAACGCGAUGUUGAUGAGGCUCUCCGGGGUGUCUCCUUUGGCGCGUGCGAGUGCACGCUCCAAGAUUGAGGCUCCCUGCGCGAUGGGUAGCCGGGAUGUGGAGAAGAUCUUCAAGGAGGCGGAUGCCAAUGGUGAUGGCUUGCUCUCGUUGGAGGAGCUGCGCUUCGCCCUGCUGGACGUCGAUGGCGUCUGCGUCCAGGGCACCACGGCCAUUCAGGGCUCGGCUUGGGCGCUGGGAAGGCUGCGCCAACGGGUGAAGGCUUAUCGCUUGAUCACCAACCAGUCCCAGGAGGCUUGUUCCUCCGUCAUGCGCAAGUUGCAAAGACUCAACUUCGACGUGCGUCCAGGUGAAGUCUUCAGCGCGUUGAGCGCAGCCCGAGCGCUGGUGGAGCAGCAGCAGCUGAAGCCGCUGUGUCUUUUGGCACCCGAAGCCAUGGAGGAGUUCCAAGACUUCCCCGCGAGUGAAGCCACCGCGGUGGUCGUGGGCACGGCCCCGCAGCAGAUGCACUACGCGCGGCUGACGGAGGCCAUGCGGGUGCUGCUCGAGAAGGCCUGGCGAUGUCGGCGGUUUGCGGUGAACAAGGGCCGCUACUUCCGUGAGGCGGGGGAGUUUCAAAUGAUGGCCGGUCCCUUUGUGGCUGCGUUGGAGUAUGCCACAGGCAAAUUAGCGAGGGUGGUGGGCAAGCCGAGCCCCGACUUCUUCCACUGCGUCGCCUCCGCCGCGCACGGGGACGCCCCCUAUCGCGCCGACGCGGUGGUCAUGGUAGGGGACGACGUGCGCGAUGACAUCCAGGGGGCGAUGGAUGUGGGAAUGCAAGCCAUCUUGGUGCGCACUGGCAAAUAUCGUCCUGGAGAUGAGAAGCUCUGCCGAACACCGCCGCUGGCAGUGGAGCUGAGGAGCUACUUGGGGGAUUACCUGGGCUAUGGCCAGGCGGAGAUUAGGGACUUCUUCGAGGAGUUCAAGGCAGAGGCGGCCACGCGCACAGCCGGACAGGUGGACCUGCCCGGGCUGCAGACGGGUGCGGGGCCUGGAGCUGGGGUUCGUCCGGAUGACAUGCCUGCUGUUGGGGUUUGGAUGUUGGGACUCCUUGAAUGGGAGCCUUACUUGGCGGCUCCGACACUGGACCCCACGACUCAGCACCGGAUGACCACCUUUUCUUUGGUUUUUGAGCUGGUGUGGUUUUGCCCAUGGGUGUGCCAACGUUUUGACUGCCGCUCAGCUCGAGCUAAGGGCAAUGUCUUGAGCUCAACCCUUGAGCUCUGCAGCAUGCCGGGUCCGCCCCUCCGUGGCUUCUCGUCCGCCCGGGUCCGCGCGGGGUUGGGAGUGAAGAUGCAGAGGCAGGGUGCACAAACGAGCAAGGAGCACUCGCAGCUUGGUGCCAGCUUGGGCGUGCAGAUCUCAAGGAUGCCUCCACCACCUUUGCCACCCCCACCUGCUUCAGCUCCUCCACCAGAGUCGCUCCCGGAGCCUCAGAGCGAUGAGAAUGAAGUUGGUGGGGAGGAGGAAGGAGUGAACAUCACCAUCAACUGCUUCCCAGCCUCACCCGCCGAGGCUUUCCGCGCCCGGUGCUCCCGGGUGAACACGCGGGACACCGCGCGAUGGGGCUUGGUGGGAGAAAGGGCACCAGUUUUUCUAGGCUUGAACCCGUACCUCAUCGGCAAGCGGAAGGGCUGCACCGUGUGGCGGCAGCCGGGUGGUAUCAUUGACCACCGGUAUGGUGGCAACUGCUAUGAAGCUCGGAUCGAGGUCCCUCCCCUGAUUGAGGAUCACUCUCUUUUCCCUGUUUCCAGACAAGAAGAGGUCCCUUCCCAGCUUGAACCAGAGUGGCGACUUGAGCCAAAAGGGGCUACAGAGAUCAUCCGUGCGCCAGGAUUUGGUGGAUUGCAAGGUCUACGUGUGCGAUCGCACGGAGCAGACCUUCGUGGAUGA